AUGCAUCCUGGUCUUGAAAUGAAUCCUAGAUGCGAAUUGGAACCCACUAUCUACCAUUUCAUAUAAAAAGACGAUGAAUUCCGAUUCUUGACGAUGGAAUGCUUCAGCUGUCGAUUCUUGAUUUCAAUUGUUAUCAUGUUUUCUUUAACUGUUUGGUUCAGCAUUCUGUCAAUUGCGGGCGCUGUCCCAGGUGCUCAUUCUCCUCGUGCUACCCCGGCUCCAUAUUAUAAUCCUCAGUCAAGCACGGGAUCUCAUGGUGCGAGUUGGAUAAACUACACUGCGGUGCCAGGAUUCUUCUUACAAGAUGAAGCAACAACAGAUCCAUCGAUUUUUGAUUAUGUAUGUAUUUCCUAUGUCCCUCAUCAUUCGAGAUACACUUCAAUUUUAGAAUUCAUCCCAUCACACACGUAUUGAGCCUUGCCAAGCUAAUCGCAAAUACAGACUCAAUGGAACUUUGGUCUCAUUAACCGAACUUAUUCCACCGACUCUCACGUCUCAAAAAAUGAAACCCAAUGGCGAAAAUUUGAGAAGUAUGUUACUUCUUUGAACAAGAACUCACCGAAGAAUGUGAAUUAUAAGGUCCUGUUCAUGGGUAGACAUGGGGAAGGAUUUCACAAUGCUGCUGAGACUUAUUAUGGAACUCCUGCUGUAAGUUACUGCGAUUGAGAAAUGUAUUUAUAGAUAGAUUGCUAAUGAUGAAUGUAGUGGAAUGUACGUGCUUCUUUUGAGUAGAGAAUAUGCUUUGCGGCAUGUAACUGAUGACUUUAGUGUUAUUAUUCCUUGAUCGAUGGUAAUGCAACCGUCACCGUAAGUGGACUCCUCUGAAUAUAUGAAGUGAAGUUAACAUCCUCUAGUGGGCCGACGCACAUUUAAAUUCCAAUGGAAUCGCUCAGGCCCAAAAAGCCGCCGACUACUGGCUUUCGCGCAUCCAGCUCCAAAACAUCCCGCCCCCGCAGUCCUACUACACCUCUCCUCUCUAUCGCUGUCUUGAAACUGCAAACGUAACCUUUUCCACUCUUCCUCUUCCUAAAUCUCGUUCUUUCAAACCCUUAAUUAAAGAACUUUUCCGGGAAGGUAUCUCCGGCCAUACUUGUGAUCGAAGAAGUAACCGAACAUUCAUCCAUGAAUCCUUUCCCUCGUAUAAAAUCGAGAAAGGAUUCUCAGAAAAUGAUCUACUUUGGAAGGAACUUGAGGGUGAAGUUGCCAUUGAUCAGGAUAUUAGAAGUAAGAAGGUUUUGGAUGAGGUUUUCAAGAGUGAUGAUAAUACUUGGUUGAGUAUUACAAGUCAUUCAGGGGAAAUUUCUAGUAUUUUGAGAGGUAUGUUUUGUCGUUUUGAUCGUAUUUCGAGCUCUCUUUCAUGUGAUUCUGUACUGCAAUCACUCAGUGUUCUCUUGACAGCGGAUAGCAAGAUGGUCAUGGAUUGGCUAGAACCCUGCUGUCGAUGGAUGAAACACAUAUUCCAGACUGUACCUGACAAUAUCGCUUGACUCAGGUCCUAUCCUUUCUCAUUUCGAAGUAUAACACUUCACUAACUUUAAAUAACACAGUCCUAAAUCACCAAGUCUUCAGAUUAACAACCGGAGCCAUCAUACCCGUCCUCGUAAAAGCAGAGACGAUCCCAGGAAACGCAACAUCGACGUCUUAUCUACCAGUGAGUAUUUCUCUUUAACUCCCAUUAGCAAUUAUUGUAUUACUUGCAAUAAUCUUUCGCGCUGAUGCUGAUGAUAAUGAAUCUAUUGCAGUGGACAACGAUAUCAACAUGUACCAGCCCUCCAGCCAACACGGCUACCUCAUAAGACGAAAGAACGCCAAAUGAAGCCAACUGAAGCCGAAGAAAGAAUAGAAAUGUCUUCUUGGUAAAAUCAUUCAUUUAUGAUAGCUAAUUACUGGUCCAAUCAUUCUUAAUACCGAAAUUUGUUCCCCUCUGAUGACUUUCCUUUCCGGUUUCAAGUGGAAGAUCUAUCGCUAGUAUUCCAAACAUCUUACAAAAUUUGCUGGAUUUGGGCACUAU